UCCACUUUGCCUCACAGAAACACCGCACUGACAGUGUGUUUCAAUGUGCUUCUCUUAAACAACGAAUGCAAGCACUGGCACUCAUGCCUUCGUUUUUUUUUUUUUUUUUUUUUUUACCGGAACCUUUCAUAACUGAAGUACUCGAGUUGAAAUAAAAAUAAAAAACAAACAUACCAGCUUUUUUACCCUUUGUUUCUCUAUAUUUGCGUUGGCUUGAAGAUGCUUUCUCAGUGGAGUUGUAUCAGACUGUGCUCCCUCUCUACUCUAGUUCGGACUUGCUACUUCAUCUCUGCUGCACUCAGAACACUUGCUAUCCCCAAUAAUAAAGUGAAUUUAUUGGACUCCGGAGCUGUGAUAGGUGAUCUGGGAUGGAUAGCCUAUCCGAAGAAUGGGUGGGAAGAGAUUGGGGAAGUGGAUGAGAACUACGCGCCAAUUCACACGUAUCAAGUGUGCAAGGUCAUGGAGCAUAACCAGAACAACUGGCUACAGACAAACUGGAUCCUCAAUCAAGGUGCCCAGAGGGUAUUCAUAGAACUCCAGUUCACCUUGAGGGACUGCAACAGUCUUCCUGGGGGCCUGGGCACCUGCAAAGAGACCUUCAACAUGUACUACUUUGAAUCAGAUGAUGAGGAAAGCAGAAAUGUCCGAGAGAGCCAGUACUCCAAAAUUGAUACCAUCGCGGCAGAUGAGAGCUUUACAGAGCUGGACCUCGGAGACAGGGUCAUGAAACUGAACACUGAGGUGAGGGACGUAGGACCACUGACAAAAAAAGGCUUUUACCUGGCUUUCCAGGAUGUGGGUGCCUGCAUUGCUCUUGUCUCUGUGCGUGUGUACUACAAAAAGUGUCCCUCAGUAAUCAGCAACUUAGCCCUGUUCCAGGACACCAUCACUGGGGCCGAUUCCUCUCAGCUGCUAGAGGUGCUGGGCUCUUGCGUCAACAACUCAGUGGCCGAGGAGCCUCCCAGAAUGCACUGCAGCGCUGAAGGGGAGUGGCUGGUGCCCAUCGGGAAGUGCAUGUGUCGCCCAGGUUACGAAGAGAGAAACAGCAUUUGUCAAGUCUGUAGACCUGGAUUCUUCAGGGCCUCCCCUCAGAGCCUGGCUUGCAGUAAGUGUCCUCCACACAGCUACACAUACGUCACGGCAUCCACUUCCUGUGAAUGUGAGGACAGCUACUUUAGGAGGGACACUGAUCCGACCAACAUGGCCUGCACAAGACCUCCGUCAGCACCUCGCAAUGCAAUCUCUAAUGUCAACGAGACCAGUGUAUUCCUGGAAUGGACUGCUCCUGCUGACAGUGGUGGCAGGAAAGAUGUCACCUAUAGCAUAGUGUGUAAGAAGUGCCGCUCAGGGUCCCAGCAAUGUGAGGAAUGUGGCAGCCACUCCAGGUUCCUCCCCCAGCAGGUGGGGCUCCGCAAUACUUCAGUGAUGGUGGUGGACCUUCUGGCGCACACAAACUACACCUUUGAGGUUGAGGCUGUCAAUGGGGUCACAGAGCUCACCUCGCUUCCCAGGCAGUUUGUUUCUCUCAAUGUGACCACCAACCAGGCAGCCCCAUCACCAAUCAGUAUUGUAAAGAAGGGAAAGAUAGCCAAAAACAGCAUCUCUGUAUCAUGGCAGGAACCAGACCGACCCAAUGGCAUCAUUUUGGAAUACGAGAUCAAAUAUUUUGAAAAGGAUCAGGAGACCAGCUACACCAUCAUUAAGUCUAAAGAUAUGGAGAUCAGCGCAGAUGGCUUGAAGCCUGCCUCCGUUUACAUCUUUCAGAUCCGAGCACGCACCGCAGCAGGCUACGGUGGUUUCAGUCGCAGGUUCGAGUUUGAAACAAGCCCUUUUUCAGUCGCUGCAUCAAGUGAUCAGAGCCAGGUGCCCAUAAUCGCUGUGUCUAUCACAGUGGGUGUGAUCCUGCUGGCUGUAGUUACUGGAUUCCUCCUUAGCGGAAGGCGCUGUGGCUACAGUAAAGCCAAACAGGAUCCAGAGGAGGAAAAGAUGCACUUUCACAAUGGACACAUUAAACUGCCUGGUGUGCGGACAUAUAUUGACCCUCAUACCUAUGAAGACCCUAAUCAAGCUGUCCACGAAUUUGCAAAGGAAAUAGAUGGAUCGUGCAUUACAAUAGAAAGAGUUAUAGGAGCUGGUGAAUUUGGAGAAGUGUGCAGCGGACGUCUAAAGCUCCCUGGAAAAAGGGAGAUCCCUGUGGCUAUCAAAACUCUGAAAGCAGGCUACACUGAUAAGCAGAGGAGAGACUUCCUAGGAGAAGCUAGCAUCAUGGGGCAGUUUGAUCAUCCCAACAUCAUCCAUUUAGAAGGGGUGGUGACGAAGAGUAAACCUGUAAUGAUAGUAACUGAAUACAUGGAAAAUGGCUCUCUUGAUACAUUUUUAAAGAAGAAUGAUGGUCAGUUCACAGUGAUUCAGCUGGUGGGAAUGUUGAGAGGGAUAGCAUCGGGUAUGAGGUACCUUUCUGACAUGGGCUACGUGCAUCGGGACCUCGCAGCACGCAACAUUCUGGCUAACAGUAACCUUGUCUGUAAAGUCUCAGACUUUGGCCUCUCCCGAGUGUUAGAAGAUGAUCCGGAAGCAGCAUACACUACUAGGGGAGGAAAGAUUCCUAUCAGGUGGACAGCUCCAGAGGCCAUUGCAUUUCGCAAGUUUACGUCAGCAAGUGAUGUGUGGAGCUAUGGGAUUGUCAUGUGGGAAGUGAUGUCCUAUGGGGAGAGGCCUUACUGGGAAAUGAGCAAUCAGGAUGUGAUUAAAGCUGUAGAAGAAGGCUAUCGUUUGCCAGGCCCUAUGGACUGCCCUGCUGCUCUCUACCAGCUGAUGAUGGACUGCUGGCAGAAAGACAGAAACAGUAGGCCCAAGUUUGAAGAGAUAGUCAGCAUACUGGACAAACUCAUCCGCAACCCUAGUAGCUUGAAAACAUUAAUAAAUGCAUCCAAUAGAGUAUCAAACUUACUAGUGGAGUAUGGUACCAUGGGAAACAGUGAAUGCAGGUCUGUGGGAGAGUGGCUAGAGGCUAUAAAAAUGGGUCGAUAUACAGAACACUUCAUGGAAAGUGGAUACACCUCUGUGGAAGCUGUGGCUCAAAUGACAUUGGAUGAUUUGAGGACGGUUGGUGUGAACCUUGCUGGUCAUCAGAAAAAGAUCCUCAACAGCAUUCAAGAAAUGAGAGUCCAGAUGAUGAACGGCACAAUGUCAGUGUAAACCGAGUGGCCAAUAGUUGCCAGUAACCUUGCACUUUUAAUGAACUGGAACUUCUAUUUAUGUUUUAGGAAUAUAAUAAAAAAAAAGGGAAGGAACUUUUUUCAAAUGAAGAGAAAACUUCUAUCAACAGCCUGCAAAUAUUUGCAAAUAGCUUCCCCAAUUUGUGUCUCUGUCUUCAGGAAGAACAGAGAUACAUGGAAUAUGAAAUUGACUUUGAUAUGUUAUUAACAGUAACUCUUUUCCUAUAUUACAACUUCAAAAGCAAUGCCACUUCACCAGUUUCUAUACUGACUGUAAAUAGCACCCAUGCUGUUUUCCCAAUCCAAACACAGAAACUGUUGCUUCCAAGGACUUAAUUGAAAUGGAUUGCUUUUCAGACAUUUGAGACAAACAUUCAAACUUGCAGCAAAACAGCAGUGAUUGACUGAAGUUUGCUUGCUUUUUCAUGUUUUAACUGGUCUGCAUUAAAAAGCACUAUAAUAAGUUCCCUUUCUUCUUAGUAUUCUCUGUUAUAAAUGAAAAAACACAAAAGAAGCAAUGACAUGGUGGUAAUUACAUUAGAGAAAGCAAUGUAUAACAUGCUUGAAUUAAUCCUUACCACACUGUAUACAUUUUUUUGUGAAAUGUUGUUAAAAAAAACAAACAUAAAAAAAAAAACACAAAAAAUCAGGACUUCACCCUACCACUAGCCUGCUAUGUUUAUAUUUGUGCUAUAACUUUAUUAUGUCUUCUUGAUUCAGAUAAUAAGUGGUUGUGAGCAGUUAGGGUAUGAUAUGUUUAUAAAAUGCUAGAUGGUCUUUUAGUCCACUUUAUGAAUAGGAAUGAACAUAUAAACUUGAGAAAUAUUGAUUUUUUGCUGUGGAAUUAUUUAUUUGACCAUUUCUUAAGGACUAUAAAUAAAAUGCAUUAAUACAAAUGCUAUUGACGGUAUAGUAGAAGGUAGUGCAAAAUCUUGACAUUGUCUAAUGUGCUAACACUGCACAGCAGCAGUCACCCCUUCAUCCAAUAAGUUCCCUCAAUUUUUGCUUACCCUAGAGAACUUAAAAACAGCAACCAAGUCUCCCUCCCACUUUCAAGGAAGCUGUAGGGUAUUGCAACAUAUUAGAGCUGGACCAUGUUGUUAUUGCAGUGUGAUUCAUAGCUCCUUAGAAUAUAAUAUUAAAGGUUGGUUGCUGGUAGUGUCAAUAGCAGGGAGUGGGAGGUCAAGGGCUUUGUUUUUCUUGUGCACAGAUAGACAUCAGUCUGUUUCUAAAGGCAGCUCAAGGUGUUACGACUUGGUCUAUUCAAUGUCUGGGAAAUCAGGAAAAUUGAAAAAAUGUGUCAUCGUCCUUAAAAUAAUGAGCUGCCCUGAGAAUGUUAUGCUCUUUGAAAUUGGCAAGAAAAGCGGUCACAUUAUUAUACUUGGCCAUAGAUUUGUUGCAAAAGAAAAUAAAUGGGGGACGUUCUUUUGUUUGUAUAUUAAUAGUACGAUUGCUUUCUGAACAGCUGCUCUGGAUGAGAAAAGUGCCAUAUAGCCAGAUAUUUUAGAAGUUACAUUUCUGAUCAUAUCGUGAUGAAAAACAGUAUCUGAUAUCUCACUCCAGCAUCAAAAUAAAGCAUUAUCUGGAACAUGAGUUAUACAAUAUAGUUUUACCUGUUAUUAAAAGUACAACAUAGUUCCAGCAAUAAGAUUCUUAUUUUUUUUAUUAUUAAUACUAUUGCGAUUUAAAUGAAUUGAGGAUAAAAAGCGUUUACACACGUUUCUGUAAAAAAUAUACUUGUUAUUUAUUCAGCUUAUUUUCAGAAUAUUUAUACAAAAGCAUAAAGCAGCCAGCUUGAAUAGUCUUUAAAUGUAUAAGCAAUUCCUUGAGAUUUUAAUGAGUUGAGUUGUUUCCAAUGCUUUGCCACAGGUUUCCUGCCAUGUAUACAGUUCUGUUUAAGCUUGAACUGGAAUGUUUUACAAAUGAAAGAGAUUAUUUGUCUUCCUUUUUUGGGCACAACCAUCAUGAAGACAUUUCAUUAAUGACUAAGCAUCCAAGAUGGAUUUACUAUAAAGAAUAUGACAGGAAGGAUUUAUACAGAUGCCUGUGUAAUAUGUGCUGCUAAUUAUGAUGCAACUUGUAAAACAUUAAGGGUUACUUGUUAAAUAUGCAGUAUCCUAGUUUUGUUGCACUUUAUAGGAAGAUAAAACUGGCUUUUGCAAGGCAUUCCUUCUGUGUUCCUGAGACACAUAUUUAGAGCUGGUCAUUUACACUUAUUUCGUUUUUCAUGUUCUUCAUGCCCAUUGUUUUUGUCAGGCUAUUUGCCUUAUAAGGUAGUAGUACCAAAUUUGGCAAUGCAGCAGUUUUUCAUAUAAUUUACCUGAAAUUGGAUUAACACAUUGGAUUAUCACAAAAGUGGUAUAAUUGCAUUGAACAAGAACUGUGUUUUUAUUGAGUAAGUCGCAGUGUGGGGUAAUAUGAUCAUGUGACAUUAUCAGAGGUCAAAGGGCACAUCGAGUAAUGUUUUGAGCUGUUUUGGGACUUUUUGAGUUCAAAGCACCUAAUCUGUAAGUGUGGCGUGUCAGCUUGCACCAGUAUCACCUGCCAGUGUAAGGCCAACAACCUCUCGUGUAUUGAAUCUUGUGAUUGCAUGGCAUCCGAGGAGUGCCAAUUAACCCUUUCAAUAUACAGGAUGAUGAACAGCCAAGUAUUGUUUGCAGUAGUGAUGAAGAGGAUGAGAAAGAGUAAGGUGAAAAGGAAUCCCCUGUGCUUUUAUGGAGCAACAGUAAUGUGCCUCCUAUGUCCUGCACAUUUAUAAUUAUUAUUAUUAUUAUUAUGCAAUAAAUAAUGCAUUGUAUAAUAGACAUUUCUCUGGAAGUUGUGAUUAAUAUUCUGUUAGAGAUAAUUACAGGCUGAUUGUAAAGGUAUAAUAGAAAAGAGUCAUUCCUGAGUAACGGUACAUUCAGAAAACAAAAAUCUCAAUAGCUGCUGAAAAUGCUUUUUUACUGAGGAAGUUUAUGGCUGAUACUGCUGAGAGACCUAAAGUGGGUACCUUUGAAGGAUACAAUAAUUUCUGUUAGAGCAAUAAUUAUUCAAAUAUAUCUUCUACCUUAAAAAUAUUGAUGUGUAAUAUAAAAGUGGAGGCAAAAAAGCUUUCCAUAGAUGUAUAACUUGCAAGGGCUUGAAACAAUCAGAAUUCUGCACCGCAGGUUGACACUGUCAUGGAAUGUUCGAAAAACCAUGCACAUUUAUGUCAAAAACUGACAUUUGUGACACCCUGCCAAAACCGAACAGUAAGGUAAGAUCAAAUCUUUUUGGUAAAAAACUGACACAUAAUCUGCGGAAUAUGAUGAACCUUCUUAAACACUUCUAGCUCAGGUGGAACACAUUCUUCAGCCAUUAGAACUAAAAAAUAUAAAAAAAGCAUCAAAACAUUACUCUGUGCCCUUUGACCUCUGAUAAUGUCACAUGAUCAUAUUACCCCACUGUGAUAUAUUCAAUAAAAACACAGGUCUUGUUCAAUGCAAUGAUACCACUUUUGUGUUAAUCCAAUGUGUAAAACUGUAGUUACUGCCAUUUGUUUUACAACCACACCUGACUUAAAAAUAUUAAUUUCAGGUAAAUUACAUGAAAAAAAGCCGUAAUGUUUUUAUUUUACCACGUUGCAAAUGACGUAUCCACCUUAGAAGGAUGUAUUAGGACCUUGUCUGUCCCAAAAACACAAUAUUUUUUCUCUCGGGAGUUGAGCUUUUUUCAAGAUUUAAAGGCCUUUUUUAAAUUCAGAUGAUAGACUAUAGCAAUAUCACAUUGAUUUCAGUAUGAGAAAGGGACUACAAUCUGAUUUUGAGGGGAAAUCCUAUGAGGAAUUCCAUGUCAUUGUUUUUAACCAAAACAAUGGUUUUCUGAGUUACCAGUGGUUAAAGAGAGUACAAGUUUCUAUAUACUUUACAAUGUAAUAAAAAUUACUGUAGCCCUUUGUCAUAAAUCAUACAGGCUCCACUGGUGCAGACAAUGUUUUGCUUAUCAAAGUGGUAUCUGACACCCAUAUAUUAUUUCUACCUUUAUUAAUAUCAACAAUAACCUAAUUAUUCAAUGUAUUCAUUUAAAAGAUUAAAACAAUCUCUAACAAUAAGUCUGUAUGUAUAGGGCAAUGAUAAGCAGAGUUGGAUCAAAGCCCCUUACCAAAGGUCGGUAAGGGGAGCUGUAGACACUCUCCAAUGCCCUCUGCUGCUGUGUGGUAGGUACGCACUAAAACUCCUGCCUUUGAAACUGCCAAUUGUAUCUAGUGCUUCUGCAGAGACUGACUUUGGUAAUUGUGGUAAUGCUUUUAAAAAAUAACUGUGAAGAGUUGUGAAAUUGUCAAUGUAUGUUUCAUUACCCAUUUUAAAUCUUACUAUUUGAAUCCUUUUGGAUUGCUUACAAAUACUACUUUGUGUAUUUGGGGAAAAUGCACAAUACUGAACAGUCAAAGUAGUUAAAGAAAAAGGAUAUUGUAUCUGCAGUGACAUGUUCACCUGUAAAAGUCAUUCAAUACGUCUUUUACCCUAGUUCUAAUGAUUUACUUAAAUCAUACUUUUACUUAAAAGUAUAGAAAAUAAAUAGCUUUGUUGUAUUUAUUGUUUUUGUUUCCCGCCCUCCAUUUUGGUUGUGUACAUGUUUUUGUAGUGUAAGAUAUGACAUUUUAUAUUUUUUCAAUAAAAUAAUAAAAACAAAUCUCAACAAAGUUGCACAGCUUUUGGUGUACUGAUG